GGAAAGGGGACCAUGAGCCCGCGUCGGGUGGGGCGGCCCCCGCCCUGCCCACUUCCGGCAAAACGCGCCUUCGAGCCGCCAGAGGGCGCCGGCGCGCGCCGAGAUUGGGGACAAAGGAAGCCGGGGCGGCCGCGUUAUUACCAUAAAAGGCAAACGCUGGUUAGAGACGGCCCCGCGGCGCGCGGCACGAAGCCAGGCCUCCAGCCCCUCCCCAGCCGCCGGCCCCGCCCCUGCCCCGUUCAAAAAGCGCCGCCGACCAGGCGCGCGGAGGCCACACCCGCGGGAGCCGACGGCGCGGCCAAGAAAUGUGCGCAUGCGCCUUGGCGCCGCGGCGACCCACCCCUUCCGGCCGACCGCGGCGGCCAGCCCGAAAGCGCACGCGCAGGAUCAGUGGUGGCCCCAGUCAGUUCGCCCUGCCGGCUUGGGGCCUUACCUGGAGGUUGUGUAGACUGGCAGCGGCGGCGGAGCGGCGAAGGCGAGAGGCCUGUGUUGGCGGGUGGACGCGGACUCGGCAGUGGCUGCGCGUCGCGCCGCCGGGUUUUAUAG